GGUAGCGCGGCUAGCUGUCUAGACUAGCCGACUGACUUGUGACAAUGACAGUACUAGCAUAACCGACUGUACUUGCUGAAAAUGAGGAACAUAUUGUUAAUUGUCUUACUGGCUCCUUGUUGGGUCAACGGUGCAAUAAAGUCAAGAGUAUCUACAGAGGAGAAUCACGAGGAAAACCCGGAGUUUGAUGCUCUAAACUCCAUCCUGUCAGAUUUUGAGGUGCUGCCAUUGUCAGGCCUCCAGCUGCACUCUGUUAGGAAGAGGGACGUCCACACCCAGUCCCACCUGGAGCGCCUGGUGAGCUUUAGAGCCCUGCACAGACAUUUCAAGCUGUAUUUGACCACCAACACGGGCCUUUUCACUGACAACUUCAAAGCUGUGUUUGUUGAUAAACAUGGGGGGGAGAAGAACUACGAUGUUCAGCUUCAGAACUAUUUCACUGGACAUGUUGUUGGAGAGGAGAAUUCACGUGUGCAGGCACACAUUGAAGGAGAUGAGUUUUCUGCUCACAUUCUAACUGAUGAAGCAGAGUACAACAUAGAGCCCCUGUGGAGGUUUACAGACUCCCCAAAUGAUGGCAGGUUGUUGGUUUAUCGCUCUGAUGACAUCAGAAAUCUGAGCCGCAUCGUCUCUCCGAAAGUAUGUGGUUACAUCCAUGCAGAGGCCAAGGACCUGCUGCCACACACUGCCAGGAGGGACUGGGACAGGCAGCAGGAGGUGGGCCAGGAAAAGGGUUACCACCACCGAGAGAAGAGGCAGGCUCACGAUCACAAGAAGAACACCUGCCCCCUGUUGCUGGUUGCAGAUUACCGCUUCUUUGAACACAUGGGCCGCGGACAAGAGAGCGUCACUCUCAACUACUUGAUUGAGCUGAUUGAUCGAGUUGAUGACAUUUAUAGGAACACAACUUGGGACGAUGAGUUCAAAGGCUACGGGGUCCAGAUCCAUCAGAUCAUCAUCAACAAGGAGCCGACAAAGCCUCCUCCUGGCCACGCUGGCCCGGGCUGGGUCCAUUAUAACAUGGAGGACAGCCCUGACAGUGAAAAGAAGGUCUGGGAUGUGAAGAGACUUUUGGAGCAAUUCAGCUCAGACAUAGCUGACAACGCCUCCACUGUGUGUCUGGCUCACCUGUUCACCUACCAGGAUUUUGAUGAGGGCACGCUGGGGCUGGCCUACGUGGCCCCCUCCAAACCUCAGGCCCUGGGUGGCCUCUGCCCAAAACCAUAUUACCCAUCUCACUCUGUAAAGAAGCCCAGCUACCUCAACACAGGCCUGACCAGCACCAAGAACUAUGGCAAAACCAUCCUAACAAAGGAGGCAGAUUUGGUGACCACUCAUGAGCUGGGCCAUAACUUUGGAGCAGAGCACGAUCCUGACAACAUCCCAUACUGUGCUCCCAGUGACGACCAGGGGGGGAAAUAUGUCAUGUACCCGAUUGCUGUGAGUGGAGACCAUGUCAACAACAAGCGCUUCUCCAACUGCAGCAAGAUCUCCGUAGGAAAGACGUUACGGUUCAAGGCUCCCGUGUGCUUUAAGGAGAGGAACAGUAAGGUAUGUGGAAAUUCCAGAGUGGAGGAUGGGGAGGAGUGCGACCCCGGGCUCCUUCACCUGAAUGAAGACUCCUGCUGCUCAUCCGACUGCAAAUUCAAACGUGGUGCACAGUGCAGUGACAGAAACAGCCCUUGCUGUAGGAACUGCAAGUUUGAGCAGGAAGGAACCAGAUGCCAGGAAGCCAUUAGUGCUACCUGUAAAGGCAAAUCCUCCUGUACAGGCAACAGCAGUCAGUGUCCACCUCCUGAAAACGCCAAUGACAACACAACAUGUGUUGAUAAUGGCCGGUGUCUCAACGGGGAGUGCAACCCUUUCUGUGAGGCCAUGCAGAACCUUCAGUCCUGUGCCUGCAACGAGACAGAGGACUCCUGUAAAGUGUGCUGCAGGGGAAAAGAUGGCACCUGCACUCCCUUUGUCCAGAGCAAUGGCAGUUUCCUGUUCCUUCGCAAAGGAAAACCCUGCACUGUGGGCUUCUGUGACGAAGGCGGAAAAUGCAUGAAGCAGGUGCAGGACGUGAUCGAGAGGUUGUGGGAUUUUAUCGACAAGCUGGACAUUAACACAUUUGGGAAGUUCCUGGCUGAUAACAUAGUGGGCUCUGUCGUGGUGUUUUCCCUCAUCUUCUGGAUUCCUCUCAGUAUCCUGGUUCAUUGCGUGGACAAACGACUUGACCAGCAGUAUGAGGAGAACACAAAGUGCUUCUACUACCCUCCAAGUAGUCAAGAAAUGCUGAACAACCUCGAGUCAGCGUCCGUGCGCAUCGUCAAGCCUCCUCAGCCUCCCUCCUCCUCCGCCGGCCGGACCGCGCCCUCCUCCCAGCCCCCGCAGCCUCAGCAGCUGAGCCAGGUCGGGGCCACUCCCGCAGCCAGCAGCAGUACCCCGGCCCCCGGUCCGAGCUGCGGCCCCACCCCGGACAGCGCAGGGGGGCUGCGGAUGGCCACCAUCCAGGAGGACACCAGCAGCGACUCUCACCUGGGAGAGGAGGGCCCGUCGGACGAUUUCACAACCGCAGGAGCCUGCUCGUCGGCUACGAAAUCCUCCUACGAGGAUCUGACAGGACAGAACCAGCCAGCCAGGGACCGGCGGCGCCUCAAGAGGCAGGACUGCAUUGACACUAAAGAGACAGAGUGCUGAGAGCAAACGACCAGUACUGAUACGUGUUUUAGGGAACAUGCGAAUACAUGCCGCAUCACGUACAUUUAUCUUAUGGCGAAUCACAGACAGCAGGAGUUGAAAGGUAGUGGAAUCAUAUUUUGUACAGCAGUAGAUAUUAUUCUGACGGCUGCUACUUGGAUUGAACCACCAUACAGAUAGUACAUGAGUAGUCUCAAACCCCUGUGACUGCAAGUAAAAUAGUGAGUGAAUUCAUGUUUGUUUUGUGCCUGUGGUGCCUUUUUCAGUUAGGUGGGGGGUCCUUUCUCGCUGAAUUGUUUCUAAAUUUUCUAAAAACAAAAAAGGCAAAAACCAAUAAAAGUGACCUCAAGGUCAUUUGCCUUUGCCAGAGAGUCACGAGUCACGAAAAUAAAGGUGAGCUAUGAUUGUGGAUCAUAAAAAAAAAAAAAAAAGCAUUGUGUGAACAGCUUCAGCCUUGCCUUCCCCCCCCAAA